GGAAACAGCAGGUUGUAACCGACUACCCGGAGAACGCGGAGCUCCCGAGACAGGAACUUUAAAAGGAUUGAAAUCUGUUGCCUGUUCCACUAGGAAUAUUGUUUGCAAGGCACAAGGUGUCUUUUGGUAGUGAGUACCCUCUGCGCAUGCGCAGGUCCAUUCGGGAAUUACUGCCCAGCCGCCGACUAAGUUGCAUUCCUUGAAUCUUCGCAGAAAAGACAAUUCUUUCAUCAGAGUUAGGAAUGUGGACAGUACAAAAUCGAGAGAGUUUGGGGCUUCUUUCUUUUCCUGUGAUGGUUGCCAUGGUUUGUUGUGCACACAGCUCCAAUGAACCCAGCAACAUGUCAUACGUGAAAGAGACAGUGGACCGACUGCUCAAAGGAUAUGACAUUCGCUUGCGGCCGGACUUUGGAGGGCCCCCGGUGGACGUCGGGAUGCGGAUCGAUGUCGCCAGCAUAGACAUGGUCUCGGAAGUGAAUAUGGAUUAUACACUUACCAUGUAUUUCCAGCAGUCUUGGAAAGACAAGAGGCUUUCAUAUUCUGGAAUCCCAUUAAACCUGACCCUUGACAACAGGGUAGCUGACCAACUCUGGGUACCAGACACCUACUUUCUCAAUGACAAGAAAUCAUUUGUGCAUGGGGUCACAGUGAAAAAUCGAAUGAUAAGGCUGCAUCCUGAUGGAACUGUCCUCUAUGGACUACGGAUUACAACCACCGCAGCGUGCAUGAUGGAUCUUCGAAGGUACCCUUUGGAUGAGCAAAACUGCACCCUGGAGAUUGAAAGUUAUGGCUACACCACUGAUGACAUCGAGUUUUACUGGAAUGGAGGAGAGGGAGCAGUAACCGGGGUCAAUAAGAUCGAGCUUCCUCAGUUUUCAAUUGUUGACUACAAGAUGGUGUCCAAGAAGGUGGAAUUCACAACAGGGGCAUAUCCACGACUAUCACUAAGUUUCCGCCUAAAGAGAAACAUCGGUUACUUCAUUUUGCAAACCUACAUGCCUUCCACACUGAUUACAAUUCUGUCCUGGGUGUCAUUUUGGAUCAACUAUGAUGCAUCUGCAGCCAGAGUCGCACUAGGAAUUACCACGGUGCUGACAAUGACAACCAUCAGCACUCACCUCAGGGAGACUCUGCCAAAGAUUCCUUACGUCAAGGCGAUUGAUAUCUACCUGAUGGGCUGCUUUGUAUUUGUGUUCCUGGCUCUGCUGGAAUACGCUUUCGUAAAUUAUAUUUUCUUUGGAAAAGGCCCUCAGAAGAAGGGAGCAAGCAAACAAGACCAGAGUGCCAAUGAAAAGAAUAAACUGGAGAUGAACAAAGUCCAGGUCGACGCCCAUGGCAAUAUUCUCCUCAGCACACUGGAAAUCAGGAAUGAGACCAGCGGCUCCGAGGUGCUCACGGGUGUGAGUGACCCCAAGGCCACCAUGUACUCCUACGACAGCGCCAGCAUCCAGUACCGCAAGCCACUGAGCAGCCGCGAGGGCUUUGGGCGCGGGCUGGACAGGCACGGGGUGCCAGGCAAGGGGCGCAUCCGCAGGCGUGCCUCGCAACUCAAAGUGAAGAUCCCUGACUUAACUGAUGUGAACUCCAUAGACAAGUGGUCCCGAAUGUUUUUCCCCAUCACAUUUUCUCUUUUUAAUGUCGUUUAUUGGCUUUACUAUGUACACUAAAGUCAGUGUCAUGGUUCGGUUUAGACUAUCUUCCUUGGCUUGUUUUCUAACCCCACACUCUCCCAACAGCGAUUACUGCUGUGGUUUUUUGAGGUAAGAGAUUCAGCCAUUCAA